AUGAACAAAGAGAUGGGUACCAUUUAUGUAAGCAAGGAAGUUCAUGAAGAUAUUCUUCAUAGCAACAGUGAUGACAGCACAAAACGCUACUGUACAGAAACUAGGCCCGGGAUGUACAUGGACAGAUUUUUCUCUGCUAAAGAGCAGGUUGUGUUGGCGGCCAGGCCUCGGGGAAAGGCUGAAGCCGCGAAGGAGGAGAGCUGGGCGCCGGGCCUGCAGCGGACACCUGUUCCGGGCGCGGCCGCGGCGGCGGGAAGAGAGCGCGCGGCGAAAGGCGCGCCGGGCCGCGCCCUCGAGGAGCCGCGUGGGGAGCAGCCGGCCUCGGCGCCCGUCGCGCCCCGUGACCUGCUGGGCUGUCCGCGCUGCCAGCGGCUGCUCCACAAGCCGGUGACCCUGCCGUGCGGGCUGACGGUGUGCAAGCGUUGCGUGGAGUCGGGGCCCGCCCGGCCGCAGGCUCGGCGAGUCAACGUGGUGCUGAGCGGCCUGCUGGAGAAGUGCUACCCGGCCGAGUGCCGCGUGCGCAGGCUGGCGGGCCAGGCGCGGAGUCUGCAGCGCCAGCAACAGCCCGAGGCCGCGCUGCUCAGGUGCGACCAGGCUCUGGAUCUGGCGCCUAGAGACAGUUCGUUGUUGCUGCUGCGAGCAGAGUUAUAUCUAACCUUGAAGAACUACGAGCAAGCUCUGCAGGAUGCCAACGCGGUUUGUCAGAAUGAACCUCUCUUGACUAAGGGGCAUCAUAUGAAGGCUCAGGCUCUUUCUGGAUUGGGAAGAAGUAAGGAAGUGUUAAAGGAGUUUCUCUACUGCCUUGCUUUAAAUCCUGAAUGUAACUCAGUGAAGAAAGAAGCACAGAAGGUCAUGUGUGAGGUGUUUUUUCCAGCUUCAGAAAAUGUGCAUCAGAAUUUGACAUCUCCCAUCCAAAGCAGAAUAUUGACCAGCAGGCUAAAGGCUCAGUGUUCCAGCCAUGAAAACACCCAGGCUCUGGAGGAAGGCGGCAGUGCUGGGGGUUCUAAGAACCCAUCUGAGAAAUCUGAUGUGUUUAGAAAUACCAAUUAUUCAGUUUUGUAUUUUAUACUGGGUCUGCACUUUGAAGAGGAUAAAGAAGUGUUAGAGAGUAUCCUUCCAGCAGCACCCAGCACCAGUUUAAAGAGACAAUUUCCAAAUGAUUUGGAGGAUGUCCAAGACCUGAAUGGCCCUGGGAAAAUUCCCAAGAAAGAGUCAGAUUCCUCACCUCAAAGGAACAUGACCUCUAACAUAGGAGAAAGUCCAGAACUCUCCAUAGAUGUAACUGACUUUGAGUGUGCCCUUUGCAUGAGGUUGCUCUUUGAACCUGUCACGACACCAUGUGGACAUACAUUUUGCCUGAAAUGCCUUGAGCGCUGCCUCGACCAUGCCCCACAUUGUCCACUGUGUAAAGAAAAACUCUCAGAAUUGCUGGCAAGCAGAAAUUUUAAUAUAACUAUUCUGGCCGAAGAGUUAAUAUUUCGGUAUUUAUCUGAUGAACUCUCUGAUAGGAAGAGAAUUUAUGAUGAAGAAAUGACAGAACUGUCGAAUCUGACCAGAGAUGUCCCCAUCUUCGUGUGUGCCAUGGCCUUCCCCACCGUCCCGUGCCCACUUCAUGUCUUUGAGCCCCGCUAUCGGCUUAUGAUAAGAAGAUGCAUGGAAACUGGCACCAAACGGUUUGGCAUGUGUCUAUCUGCUGAGCACGCAGGAAUUUCGGAGUACGGCUGCAUGCUGGAGAUUAAGGACGUCAGAACGUUUCCUGAUGGGAGUUCGGUUGUGGAUGCCAUUGGAAUCAGUCGGUUCAGAGUUCUAAGCCACCGCCACAGAGACGGCUAUAACACAGCCGACAUUGAGUACCUCGAAGAUGAAAAGGUGGAAGGUCCAGCGUAUGAAGAACUUACCAGUCUUCAUGAUUCCGUUUAUCAGCAGUCAGUUUCCUGGUUUACUUCACUUCAGGAUCACAUGAAGGAACAAAUUUUAAGCCAUUUUGGGUUAAUGCCAGACAGGGAAUCUGAGCCUCAGAGUAACCCUAGCGGUCCCGCGUGGUCCUGGUGGAUCCUGGCAGUGUUGCCGUUGGAACGCAAGGCUCAGCUGGCUAUUCUUGGCAUGAUCUCCCUUAAAGAGCGCCUGCUUGCCAUUCGGCGAAUACUAGUCAUCAUCACGCGUAAGAUGAAUAGUCGGCAGGAGCUGGUUAAUAGCAGGGAGAGAAAUAACUGAUUUUCUCUUUCUGUCAAGGAUUCUGGAAGCCCUUGUACUUUUGUGAGGAGCGCUAGGCAUAGAGAAUAGCAUCCCAUUCAUCAUGCUUUGUAAAACGCUCGUUGAUAGGGUUACAAAAUGGAACACUUAGCAAACAUUGACUCCUACGCAAAUGUUCAAAGUCUGUGCCUCGCGGACUCUGUACAAGGUUAGCCUGAAGUUCGAAUGGAGCCCAUGGUUGCAAAAGAACCUAGGAGAAUCUCUCCGAAGCAGAUGCUCUAGGAUGUAGUUCGCCGACAGCAGGGAACACCACAGAAGGCGGACGAGUGGGUUAGGGUUUGCAAGAAAGAGGGACCCCCUCCCCAGUACAGUGACUUGCUGCACCAGAUGGAAACAGCAUGCUUUGGUGGCUAGCCAGGAAAGGGGAAACCACAUUUUUAUCUGGAAGCAGAUUUCUCAGAGCGCAGGCUAACUGAAAACGCACUUAGGCUUUGUGUGUCACUGUGAAGCCGUCUGCGAAGUGGAGGAAUCAAACUGUGGUCCAGGGCAGGAGCCAAAAUUAGUCGUCACCCAAGAAGCAGUAGCUGCCGGAUAGAACUGUGUUUUGUGUCCUGCGGUAGAUCAGAUGUGCAUUGCAUGUUGUAAUCAAAUGAACGUCAGAAUACACAAAGGUGUACCUUGGAUAUAGAAAAAUCUGAGAGCCAGUGUAGGUGACUUGAGGAUGUAUAUCCCUACACACUCAAGAAAGAGUGAGCAAAAGUUAGCUAAAACUCUACGCGCAUUGGGAUGUCAAACUUAGAACCAAACUAGUACAAAAAACUCCUUGAAAGCAUAACCCUGUCUCAUUAAUUUGGUGGAUACUAAGCAUUUAGGAAAUAGUCCUCUUGCUCCUAGGAUUUGCAUUGCAAAUUAGGCCCAUCAGUAAUUUGAGUUCACCAUCCACCCACUCAUAGAUGAAGAUGUACAAAAGCUGCUAUGGAAUGGGCAUCUGUCUAUUCCAGGAAAACAUACCAGGACAAUAUGCAAGAAGCAGGAGGUGGGGAUGGGAUGUAAAUAUUCAGCAAGUUUUUCCUCCAUCCUCAACCUAAAAUUUGUCUUUGUGUCUUUUGAAAAGAAGUUUUAUAAGUGAUCAGACCUGGUGUUACCGAUUAAAGGACAGCACAUGACAACUGCAGCCUCUGAUGCAUGUUGGUAGCAUUAAUUGAAAUAACCAUCUGAACCUCAGAUACUGAAUUGUUCUCACCGGCCUGACCAGCUGGUGCAUUGAGUUGGCUUCUUGGUCUGUGCUGUGGAUGUUCUUAACGGAAGGAUGAUGAGAACCAGACCAGGAAAUAAAUCACAGCUGUAAGAUUUGCUUUAUUCAUUCAAGGUGUAUGAUAUUUGAGUUUUAACAAGUAUAUUUCAUAGUGUCAAAAGUUGGUUGUUUGCCAAUCCAUCAAGCAUUUUUUUAGAAAGACUUUAUAAUUGUGUUUCGUUUUAAUUACAGGACUUUUCCAUAGCUAAAGCUCAGUUUCAUUAUGGGAGUGAGAAAAUACUGUUCUUGUAUAACUUAGCCAUAACGAGAAAAUGCGGAAGUGUUUCCAAUCAGAUGUUUCUAGUGCCUCACUUACUGCGAAUCUCAAAUCUCAUCUUGAUCAUGGUUUAAAGGCAGUUUGUCCAAGUGAUUUCUAAAAUAUUUUAUUGAUUCCUGUGUUAACGAUAGCAUCCGAACUUCUUAGGCAUUGUAUCUUAACCUGAUCAUCUGAAGGAAAGCAAAACUCUGUCUAGUAUACCAGCGGAGCUUUCUCGGGAAUGGUUCAUGAAAAUGGGUUUGCACCAUUCUCUUUCUUUUUCUUUUGGAGAAUCUUUCCUACCUUAAAACCAUAUCAUGGCUGUUUCCAUCUGGGAGUUUGUAAAAUAACCACAGUGUGAUCAUAGUUUCUCCAGGGGCCUUCCUGAAGUUAGGUCUCUGUGCUCAGAGGACCAGGGCUUGUCUCAUACCAGUUGGAUGCUGUUGCUUUCUCAACCUUACUCCAGAAAUGUCAUCACUGGCACAGAAUACUGACCAGAACCACUGACUUAUCUCUUCCUGAUUCUGUCUGCCUCUUUCUGGGUUGUCAGCUCAUUCCGAGUGUUCUUGUGUAAAAGCCUGUUUGGUAGUAAUGAUGUAGAUAGAGCAGCAAAAGUUUUUGUUGUCUUUGCCUUUUGACACCCAAGGGAAUGGACUGUGAUGCUUCAUGCUCUGUCCACCAUGUCACCUAGAGCAGAGCAGGAGCCGAUGGACACUUCUUGACCACUUAGAUGAUUUUUUCUUUGAGGAUUUUUAUUUAUUUAUUAGAGAGAGAGAGAGAGCACAUGCUUGGGAGAGUACAAAUGGGGAGGGGAGAGAGGGAAAGGGAGAGAGAGAAGCAGACUCCGCUAAGCAGACUCCCCGCUAAGCAGGAGCCCGAUGUGGGACUCGAUCCCAGGACCCCAGGAUCAUGACCUGAUCUGAAGGCAGACACUUAACUGACUGAGCCACCCAUGUGCCCCUUAGAUGACAUUCUUUAUCAGGAAGUCAGACCAGGGAAAUAAUAUCUCAAGUCAUAUUAUGAGGGAAGCUUCCUUUUUACAAACUUAAGGAAACCUAAACUCCUGUUUGCUACAAAUUUGCUACAAAUUUAGCUAAAGCAGUGGAACAGCUCCCCUCAACCCCCCAUACACACCUCUUUUCUAUCAUGGAGAUGUCAUUUUUAAUAUUUCUCAGAAAAUAAGGUCUCAUUCAGAGUCAGAACAUUCAAGUUUAAUUUUACUGAAAAUGUUCCAACACUAAUGGUCUAGUUACAUCGGAAUAAAAACAGAAUCUACUUAGAGUAAUAAUAACAGUGUGGGGGAGUAAUUUUUCUUCUUUAAGCAUACAGUACUUGAAGUACAUUCUGUACACUGUGUUAGGUAUUUUUCCAUUUCACUCUUCUAAGUGGUUUGGCUCAUAAUUCCAUCCCUGCCUACGUCUCUGAAAUACAAUUGAUAUCCUGAUGGGCAGUAUUCUGAAAGCUCAUGCGAUUUUUAGGGUAUCACGUUCCCUGUGUGUCCUCAUCUUCAGAAUCAAAAGUUAGAAUACUUUUUUUAAAGUUUCAAAUUGAAAAAACAAUUUUAAAAUGUAAAAUUUAUCCAUGCAGCCACAAUAAGUGCCAACUUUUGGAGUGUUAUCCCAUUUUUAUAACUACAAGGGUGUCCUUUCUUUUCUUAAGCAUCAGCCCCCCCCACCUCCCAAACCAAAAAGCACCAAAACUGCUUAGUAAGUUGUAUCUCACUAUUAACACACAUCAAGUCUUACCACAGGACUUUUGAAUCCUCAAGGAACAAAAUUAUAGAUGGUAGAAUUACCAUGAACUAUGAUAUUAUCAUUUUGUCAUAAAAUUAUUUGAAAAUUGGUAGUUGUUAUAAUCCAAAUACUCCAUUGCCUGGACUAGCUGUAUUACAUAGAAGUCAUUAUGAUUUUUAAGUUGCUUUUAAAAAGUACUCAUCUGUUUCUUCUUCCUUUCUCCUUUUAUGUUAAAUCGCUUUGGUAGGUACCACUCUUCAAAAUUUAGAUGCUGUCUAUCAAAUAAUGUGGCAGAUACAAAGAAAAGAGGGAAAAUAAAUGUGGGUGAGUUUUGUUUGUUUGAGGCAUGAGGUUUUAUUUUCCUAAAAAGCCCUAUGGCAUAGGGUAGAGAGGUCCCCGUCUCCCAUUCUCAACACGGUUAGUAAUGACAGCUUGCAGGAAGAGGUUCUUUCUCUGUAGCUCUGCCCCUACGAGAAGACCCUGUUCUGAUUCUGUGGUUCAUCAAAACCAAAAACCAGGGAGGCUAGAUCUGAAUGAGGAGGGUGAGCUGUGCCAGCCACAUGGGGAAAAAUUGAAUCCUGAUUGUUGCCCAAUGUCACGUUGUCCCUACUGGGGCUGAUGCUUCGUUCUGAGCCGUUGCAUUCUGACUCAUAGGAGAUAUUUCCACCUUUGCAACUCCUUGCCUUAACUUCACCUUAACUUUGGGCUCUCAACUGCUAAAAAAAAAAAAAAAAUUACCAAGUCUGCUGAAUCCUGCCAAGUAGCUUUUAGUAGUGGACCUGCUUUUAGGUGACUGUUAGCAUAUUGAGUAUUAGAAUAUUGCAGUAGCAUAAACUAUUGAAGAAAUUCAUGUGCCACCACUUCAGGUGGGCUCGCUGGGGACAUUAGCUCUGAUCUGUGCCCAAGAAGUAAUUUCUAAAGGUGACCAUAUGACAAAGCAGAGAGGUCCAUGCCCUUGAAAGAAAAAUUUAUUGUUAUUCAUAGUUCCAUUAGAAAUGAGAGGCAUGCCCUCAGGGCUGCAUAGGGAAGCACCAGAGCCAGAAGGCAGAAGCAGGAGUGAGGGGGAGAGCCUUCAUUUUGUUUCUGUGGGAAACACCAGGCAGGGCAGGCGAAACAGUGGGAUUGUCUAGUUUGCAUGGUGGUGGUGGGCUCCGGGCUAUGAGGGUGGGAUCUACUUGUCUGGUAUUGAGCUCUGGGUGAUUAAGCCUGAGGACUCUUUUCUCCUGGACUGUAAGAGCCAGACAAAGGAGGUGGCUCACAGUGCAGACUCUGGAUUGGUUGGUUCUCAUAUGAAAGGUAUGCUUCCUUGUGGGCCCUUUGCUGCCUCUCACUGGCCAGCCCAGGAGGGGCAGUCUCCCCAGCCAGUGAGGCCUCCAAGAUGUCAAAAUAUCAUAAAGUCUUUUUAAACACAUGAUUAAUACAAUUGUCCUCCGAUGUUUUGACAUCAUAUUAAGGAAACUUUGGAGUGAUGAUAGUGGAGACAUUAAAGAGUAAGGCAUACGUUACCUUGAACAGCACAGAAAGCAUUUUACUAAGAGAGGAGACAGGAUCAGCACAGGCAGAGGUGUGAGAAGUCCUUGAGGCCAGUCCAUAACUGAGGUUCCUAUUUAUAUGCAUUAGCCAAGAUCACAGAUCUGGAGUCUGGGGGGGGGGGGUCUUCAACACUAUCUUGGAGAAGUUGUAAAGUGUAUGAAAUAUAUGAGUGUGAUAAUAAUAUCUUGAUCUCUUUCUUGAGUCAAGUUGGCAGGUCCAGCAGUUAUGCUACUGGAACAUAUGAUAAUUUAGUAAAUACAUUAAUGAUUAAGUGUAUAUAACCAAGGGAAAGGAGUAUUAUGAUUGGAGACACGGGGUAGGAGGUCCUGGUGGAAAGCUGGAGAGGUAGUAGGAGAAGGCAAUGGAGAGUGAGUGAGUGGUCCUUUCCCAGAGACUUGAGGUGUUGACUGAGAGAAGGCAGGUGCUUCCUGGGGAAAGUAAUAAUCACCUCCAUCUUCAGUUUAGCCAUGGGAAUGUAGGGGUAUGUGUUUUGGCAGAGAGCAAGCAAUAUAAUACCAGGGUAAUGCACUAAACAGGUAGCAAGCUCAGAAACAUGAUAGAAUCCCUAAUAUUGAAGGAAGAAAAGUAAAAAUGUCCUGUGUCCAAUUUGUGACUUAGCAAAAGCAGUCUGUGGGCAUAAAUUCUAGUGUCCAGGGUCAAAUUUUCUCCAGUGGCAAGCUCGUGGUCUGGGUGAUGUCGUGAGCAGUGAGCUUCUGGGCCAGAGUGAUGUUGUCUGGGGUGUGGGACUUGGGGUAUCCAUUUUAAGUGGGUACGCACUCAGAUUGAUGUGGGUCUCAAUGUUUGGUAUGUCUGCUUGAAGCAGUGGUUUACUUGGGGUGUUUGUAAACCAAUGAAAGCAACCAGACCAGCAGUAAGAAAACCAACAGUCAAUAGAAUGGUGGGUAGCUACACCUUGCAAAGUUUUUGUUUUUGAUUUUUGGUUUAUGUUCACUUGGGUCCCUUAUCAGUUGAGCAGCUGCCAGGCCUGUGGGAAUGUCUGUGAUUAAUGGGUCCCAAGAAAGUAUGUGCCCUCAGUCUGGCCUUUAACCCUUGUGGGAUGGGGGCAAGAUAGAAAAAUUUAUAGAGGGGGAAACCUUGUUAAUGGGCCUAACAUAUAAUGAGUUUUUAAUAUACAUGAAGGCAACACAUAUCCCCCUUUAUUUAUUUUUUACUUAAAUUCUAGAUAGUUAACAUACAGUACAAUAUUGGUUUCUGGAGUAGAAUCCAGUGAUUCAUCAUUUACAUAAAAUACCCAGUGC